AUGGCGAAGCAGGAGUUCAUAAACGGCGGCCAGCAGGGCCUAGAUGACCUCUUAGAGGCCCUGGGGGGCGGCAACGGCACCGCAGGCGACAGCAGCGGCAGCGGCGGCGACAAUGGUGCGGCGGGGGACGGCAUGCGGGUGCCUCGCGCCGCGGGCGGCGGCGGGGCCGCGUCUGGGUCGAGCAGCGGCAGCCGCGGCGGCGGCGGCGGCGCGGCGGGCGAGGAGGCGAUCAUAAAGCUGGUGCUGGCGCGGCGGACGGCGUGGCCGCUGGAGCGGCGGAUGGGCGGCGUCGCGCUGCUGGAGGCGCUGCAGGAGCGGGACCCGCGCGCGUACCAGCUCUAUCUCUCCGUCCCUGGCGGCGGCGCAUUUGUCGCGUGCACCCCCGAGCGCCUGUACGUCCGCAGCGGCCCCCAUGUGGCCAGCGAGGCCGUCGCCGGCACGCGGCCGCGCGGCGCGCCGGGCGACGUCGAGGCGGACUUCUACCUCGGACUGGAUCUCCUGAAGUCGCCCAAGGAUCACGCGGAGUUCACGAUGACGCGCGACUGGAUUCGCGCGCAGCUGUCGUCGCUGCCGGGCGCUGAGGUGGACAUCGAGGUGUCCAAGAGCGUCCUGAAGCUGGCCACUGUCCAGCACCUCUACGGCCGCAUCGCCGCCACCCUGCCGCCCACCCCUGGCGUCGGCGCGCGCGGCGCCGACAUCUCCCUGCUCGCGGCGCUGCACCCGACGCCCGCCGUCUGCGGGCGCCCGCAGGGCGCCGCGCGCGCGUGGCUCGCGGAGCGGGAGGGGUUUGACCGCGGCUUCUACGCGGGGCCGUUUGGGUGGGUCACGGGGCAGGGCGCGGAGUUCGUGGUGGCGAUCCGCUCGGCGCUGCUGCCAGAGGGCGGCGACGGCGGCGGCGGCGGCGGCGCCUGGCGCGGCGCGGCGGGUGCGGCUGAUUCAGUGGACGCAGCGCAGGUGGAGGCCUGUGCCGAAAGCUCCCCCGACGCCCGCCCCUCCACCCCUGCUCCGGAUCCCCUGGACUUGCGACACCCCACAAAGCCCUCCCAGCAGCAGCAGCAGCAGCAGCAGCAGCAGCAGCAGCAGCAGCAGCAGCACUGCCUGCUGGCGUACGCAGGCGUCGGUGUCGUGUACGGCAGCGACCCCGAGGCUGAGUGGCAAGAGCUCUGCCUCAAGGCCCGCCAAUUUGAGACGCUGCUGGCCCCCCGCCCCGCGCUGGCGGCGCUGCCCAACGCCCAGCUGGCGUGGGCGGCGGCGCUGGUGGAGGAGUUGUGCAGGCUGGGGGUCAGCACGUUCUGCGUCGCGCCAGGCUCCCGCUCGUCCCCGCUCGCGCUGGCCGCCGCGCGCCACCCCCGCGCGCAGCUCAACGUGUGCAUCGACGAGCGCUCCCUCGCGUUCUGGGCGCUCGGCUUCGGCCGCGCGUCGGGCGGCCCCGCGGCCGUCGUCACCAGCAGCGGGACCGCGGUGGCCAACCUGCUGCCGGCGGUGGUGGAGGCGAGCCUGAGUGGCGUGCCGAUGCUAAUCCUUACGGCGGACCGCCCCUUUGAGCUGCGGGAUACAGGCGCCAACCAAACCAUCGACCAAGUUAAAAUUUUUGGCGGCUACGUACGCUGGGCCCAGGACAUUUCGCCCCCCUCCCCGGCCGUCCCCGGCCGCGCCAUCAUCACCACCGCCGACGCCGCCGUGCGCCACUGCCUCGGCCUCGGGGCCCCGCCGGGGCCGGUGCACCUAAACAUGCAGUUCCGGGAGCCCCUCGCGCCCGCCCAGCUCCCGUGGGACGCCGCCGCCUUCACCGCCGGCCUGUCCGCGUGGCAGGCGCGCGACGCGCCCUUCACGCGCCCCGUCUCGGCCCGCGGCGCCGCCGACGGCGCGGGCACGGCCGCGGGCUCGCCGGCGGCGGCGAGCCACGAGCUGGCAGAGGCGUUGGAGCUGCUGUCGCGGGCCGAGAGGGGUCUGCUGGUUGUUGGAGAGCUGCAGGAUCCAGAGGACGUGGCGGCGUGCGUGAGGCUAGGGCAGCUGCUGGGCUGGCCCGUCGCGGCCGACGUGCUGUCCGGCCUGCGCAUCGGCGCCGUGGCGCAGCAGCAGCAGCAGCAGCAGCAGCAGCAGCAACAGCAGGCGGCCGGCGGUGACGUCAGCGGCGGCGGCGGCGGCGGCUUCUACCUGGUUUCCCAUAUGGACCAUCUGCUGCUGGGCGGCCAGGAGUGGUGGGGGGCGGUGAAGCCGGACGUCGUGCUGCAGGUUGGGCCGCGGCUCACGUCCAAGCGGCUCAACCAGUUCCUGGUGAGAGGGGGAUUCGCCGGGGGGCCGGGGCCGCGGGGCGCCGCGGAAUGGUCGGCGCUGCCGGAGGCCCACCCAGGGGGUACAUCUGCUGCGUGGGCCUACCUGGGGCCAGGCAGCGACAGGCACGACGCGGCGCACCUGGUGACUCACCGGAUGGUGGCGACGCCGGCGCAGCUGUGCGGGAUCCUGGAGGGACACCUGGAGGCGCGGCGGCGACAGCAGCAGCAGCAGCAGCAGCAGCAGCAGCAGCAGCAGCAGCAGCAGCAGCAGCAGCAGCAGGAGUUGGAGCAGCACCACGCGGAGAGGGACGAGAGGGAGGAAGGGGAGGGCGGCUGGGAGCGGCCGCCGGGCGCGACCAUGUUCCCCGAGGCGAGCACGAGCGGCAGCGGCUCCGGCCCAGGGGCGCGGCGGCGGGGCGGGGCCCCCAAGCGCAACGGCGCGCCGCCGGUCGGGGCGCAGGAGGGGCGGCCGCGGCAACCUCCACAGCAGCAGAAGCAGCAGCAGCAGCAGCAGCAGCCCUACGCGCGCCUCCUGCUGCAGCUUGACGCGGCGGCCAGCGCCCAGAUCGACGCGGCGCUGUCGCGCCUCGACAGGCUCAGCGAGAUGCACGUUGCCCGCCAGCUGGCGGCGGCGCUGCCGGCGGGCCACGGCCUUUUUCUGGGGAACAGCAUGCCGAUCCGGGACAUGGAGAUGUACGGUGCCCCCCAGGCGCCCCCGCCGCCGGCUAUGGCGACGCCCGAGGCGGCGGCCCCGCCGGCGGGUGCCGCGCGGGGCGGUGGCGCUGGUGGGGGCGCGCAGGGUGGCGGCACGGGCGCGGGGGAGCUUGAG